UAAAGAAUUUGUUUAAAAAUAAUUAGCGAAUUUCCACCAAGAAACUCAGAAAUUUUGAGAUGAAUCUCAGAAUAUUUCUGGAAAAGUUUCAAGUUUUCAAAGUCGACUUUUGAAACUCAGAAAAUUUCAUGUUUUUUUCAAGGAAAUUUUAGGAAUUAAUCUCAAAAUUUCUGAUUUUUUAAUAGUAAGUUUUAGACUUUUCAAGCUCAUAAAUAUCUGUUUUUUCUAGAACAUUUCUGAGAAUAAUCGCAUUUUUUGUGUAAAUUUAUCUGUGGUUUCUAUCUAAGUUGGCCGUAAUUCGCCGUCGUAGAAUUUAGUUUGUUAAUACAAAGUUGAAUAAUUAAUUUCACAUUAUGAGGUUUUUAGUGUUUAUCUCCAGUCCGGUAGGUGGCGGUAGGGCGCCAUCACAGUUGCAAUGCACCUCCGUAAAACAAAGCUAGAAGAAGAAGAAGAAGAAGACAACAUAGUGACGUAUUUUCUCGUCGCCGCAGCAGCUCCACGUGCGUUUCAGUCAGAUUCUGGUUCUGUUCGGGUUCCGGCUGGUGUCAGCCCGCUGUGAUGGAGGAGCGCAGCAGACUGUGUUCCGUGUGGCUCGGGUCCGAGACCGGGAUCCUGAAGGGGGUCAGUUUGGACCGGAAGCAGGCCUUUAACUUCUCCAACACGCGCACGCUGAGCCGCGACCAGGAGGUGCGCGCGCUGUGCUGGGCCGACCCGGCGGAGAGCGAGCUGCUGCUGGGCUGCGCGGACGGAACCGUGCGGACCUUCAGCACCGAGAAGGGCGUCUUCACCGAGGCCCGGAGCUGCGGAGACCCGCAGGAGGGCUGCUUCAGCGGGCUGGCCUCACUGCGGGGCUCCGCCGUCAUCACCUGCGCGGAGUGCGGCAAGCUGCGGGUGUGGCGGGAGGACGGCAGCGGGCCGGUGGCCGAGCUGGACGCGGGCGGCAGCGUGUGCCGGAUGCGGCAGAGCCCGGUGGACCCGAACCGGGUGGCGACGGGCGGGAAGGAGAACGGGCUGAAGAUCUGGGACCUGGAGCGGCCUGAGAAGCCGCUGUUCACCGCGAAGAACCUGCGGGACGACUGGCUGGAUCUACGGAGGCCGCACUGGGUCAGAGACAUCGGCUUCAUCCCGGACUCCGACAAGGUGGUCACCUGCACGGGCCACCAUCAGGUUCACCUGUUUGACCCGGCGACCCCGCGGCGGCGGCCCGUCCUGGAGGCGGAGUUCGGCGAGUAUCCGCUGACGGCGCUGGCGCUGACGGGCGGCGGCGGCGCCGUGGUGGUGGGCAACACGCAGGGCGACGUGGCGGUGCUGGACCUCAGGAAGGGGCUGGUCCGCGGGCGGCUGAAGGCCCGGUUCUGGUGUCGGUUCUGCUCCCACAGCCCGGUUCUGCUCAUGGCUUUCAACCAGUCUCCGUUCUACAACCCGGUGAGUUUUAUUCUCAUCGCUUCUCGUUUCCGCUAUGAAAGCAAAGCUCGUCGUUUCCUGCAGCCGCUCCGACAAGCAGCUUCAUGA